UCAGAAUAUAUUUGCCAAUAACUCGCGCCAGUCAGCAGUUCGUUAGGCAGCCAUUGGUAGACACCUAAUUAAAAUGGCGGCCAAAAGCAGCAGCGAGGAAACGACGCUCACAAGAUCCAUUGUUGAGGACCGAUCAUCAGCAAGAACAUCAGGACUUGAUCGGAUAAGGCAGCGAAAAGCUCACAGCAGGAGUCGAAAAGGAUGCUUAGUGUGUCGUCAAAGACAUAAGCGUUGCGACGAGAACUUCGUCGAUGGUUCUUGCGAUCGAUGCCGGAGGAGCGGCUUCCAAUGUGUGCAGCGGCCUGGUGAAGAAAGAUUGAAAUACGUCAAUCUUCUUGCCGGGAAAGCAUCAGACUCUGAAACGCCAUCGGCAGGACCAUCUACAGAGACUGCCUCUACAACAGCCAUCCCCUAUUCUCCUCCACGAGAUGUGACAGUCUCGUCCACCGAUUUAUCCGAGUUCAUCAGCAGCCUCUUUCAGCCUUUUGAUACCAAUCAAGGGUCAGACCGUAAUAAUCUUGAAAAUGGAGUCCCGCCAACGACGAUUCCCACUUGGCCAACAACAUCCGCGUCUACAUUGAGCCAAUUACCCUUGUCUACUGGCGAAAGUAUUGGGCCCGGUCCAAAGUUCCUUUUUCCAGGAGAAGUGCUGCCCGCAUCUCUAUCUUUGAAUGAUCCUCAAAACACUGUUGAUAAUCAGCCACCGCCGAGAGUCUCUGUGACCGGCCAGGACUGGCUUUCUGGAGCUUUAGCGGACGAUAUGGAUCUGUACGCCGCCUGCCUGAUAGGCCAACUCCGUUUCGCUGCUACUUCUAAAGAAGGUGAAAAGCACCUUCCGGUGGAAGAACCGCCUUCGACAACAUCUUAUGGGAGUAGUAUACUCGAUAUUGUGGAAGGCUACCGUAGAUACCAAGGUACAUGGCUUCCCAAAGAAUCCGAGCUUGCCGAUCCACAUUCUUUCCGGAACCCUCCUUACGGUCUGGGAGGGGUAAGAGAGGACAAUUCUCUGAAUGUUAAUCCGAGUCAGUUCUCCUUGGCGGAUGCUCUGGCUUCAGUGUGUGAUCUUCAGGUGUACAACUUCACUGUAGCUGGAUGUGCUGCUAGUUAUGGCCCUUUAUUAAUAGGAGAAUCCAUAGUCAAAGCUGUGUUCGGCCCGCAGCCCAUAAUCAUUGAUUUGAACGGGGCUUAUACUGACCAAGCGGGUCUUGUUACUUUCGCGCAAGCAGAUAUUGGCCACUGUAUAUGUACCAAGCAACGACGCCCUUUGUUCACGCUAAUGCCUUAUGACUCAAACAAAGUCACCAAUAGCGAAAUGUUUCUGGGCGUUCCAUCACGCGCUCAUCACUUUUUGAGCGAUAUCUGUAUGCUCUCGGUCGAGGAUCAUGUGGACCCGUCCAAAUUAGCAGAACUGGAACAAUCCCUCAAAGCCUCUUUUGACGACCCGCUCAUACCGGUAAUCUGGUCACGAGCUGCGAUGAUCACCCUCUACCAACGACUCCAUAACGUUGGCCCUCUCCACCCUACAAUUCGCGCCAUGUCAUGGGACAUCCUCCUCGAUCUUCCACCUCAGCCAUGCCGAAAAUCAGAAAUAUUCCCUCUAUUCUUAGCUGGCGCAGCGGCAAUUUUGGAAACGCAGAGAGCAGCCGUGAGGCAGCGGUGGGUUAAAGCUCCUGAAAAAGGAUUCGAGGAGGGGUUAAGCUUUUUGGAGGAUCUAUGGGCACAUGUGGAUAAAACAGGACAUACGGUAUCGUGGUUGGAUUACCUGGAGGAGAAGGGAGGAGCGCUAGCCUUCUUCUGAUGUGCAAACUAGAUUAGCUAGACGAGGAAAUCUUUAAUCGAUAACUCUUCUGUGAGACGUGUUUAUUAGCAUGUGUGAGCUGAGAGAGAACCACCAUUAGUACUGUCUUCGUCAAUGGCGACUUUUUGCUCCAAAGUUAGGCGACCGACGGGAGUUAGUGAUAUUGCUGUCCAGCGUCACUUCCACAAGACGCAGACCAACAUCUGAGAGGCGCAUCAACCAUGUCAUGUGUAUGACUUUUGGGAACGUUGCACCGGAUGAGAUUCCAGGUUGAUCCAGGCCUAUUCCUGAAUAUGAAGGCGUUGGUUGUAUCGGAGAGAUUUGCGAUUAUGAUCAUUGACAUCUUUGAUGUUGUGAAGCACGCUUUCUUUAUUGUCACGGACCAUGCUGUGAUAGAGGGAGGGCAUGGCAACAUAAAGAUAUUCUCGAGCAGACGCCUGGAGUGUAAUCGCAAGACUAUCGCAACAACAGUAGUAUCUGACCAUCUCAAUUAUAACAGAUUGGGGAUUGAUAUUCAUUCCAAAGUCCAUAUGCAA